UUCCUAUAUAACUAGGCGAGCAGUGUACGACGAGCUGUCAAACAUCCAAGCUUAAGUACUCCUCUCUUUCUUUCAUUUGGCUCACGACGAAUCCGUCCCAACGCUGAGGAAGCAAGAGAUCAAAAGCCGAUCAAAAUCCUUGAAUGGGGAUUAAUUUUUCGUGCCCCUUCGCUUUGUACAAUGAUUUAGAGCAUGGGUUUGAAUCAGUCAUCGCAGAAUCCAUUACUUUGAAGGAUGAUAACAGAGCUCAGCUCCAAUCCAUUGGUUCUAAGGGCCGAGACUGGGAGCCUACCAUUUCGCAAUCAAAAGAUUCUCAGAAUAUGACAGUGGAAGGACAUGUUUGCUCUAAAACGACUGAAACUGAAACGGAGGUCUCAAUUGAAGCUUCUUCAAUUGAAGGGAAGGAUUUAAUCGCCACAUGGGCCGAUAUUACUAGAAUGGAGAUGGACAAUCAAUCUCCAAGGUCUGCUAGCACGGCUGAGAAAACCACAGGGUUGCCUGUACUGGAUCUCAGCAGUCCAAAACACGAAGCUGCGUUAAAGUUGCAGAAAGUAUAUAAAAGCUUUCGAACAAGAAGAAAGCUAGCAGAUUGUGCUGUUCUCAUUGAGCAGAGCUGGUGGAAGCUGUUAGAUUUUGCCGAACUCAAGCGAAGUUCUAUAUCAUUCUUCGACAUCGAGAAACACGAGACUGCCAUUUCCCGUUGGUCAAGAGCAAGAACCAGAGUGGCCAAGGUUGGAAAAGGUUUAUCAAAGAAUAACAGAGCCCAAAAACUGGCUCUACAACAUUGGCUUGAGGCAAUCGACCCACGACAUCGUUAUGGACACAAUCUCCACUUCUACUAUGAUAAAUGGCUCCACUGUCAAAGCAAAGAACCUUUUUUCUACUGGCUGGAUAUUGGAGAAGGUAAGGAAGUUAAUCUUGUUGACAAAUGUCCUAGAUCAAAACUCUUACAGCAAUGCAUCAGGUAUCUUGGUCCGAAGGAAAGGAAGGCUUAUGAAGUUGAAGUGGUGGAUGGAAGGCUCCUGUACAAACAAUCAGGGGUUCUCCUUAACACGGUAGAAGAACCCAAAGGUGCUAAAUGGAUCUUUGUCCUCAGUACAUCAAUGACCUUAUAUAUUGGCCAAAAGAAAAAGGGCACAUUCCAGCAUUCUAGCUUCUUGGCCGGGGGAGCCACAUCUGCAGCCGGGAGAAUAGUUGUUGAAAAAGGCAUUCUGAAGGCAAUAUGGCCUCACAGCGGCCACUACCGGCCAACACCAGAGAACUUUCAGGAUUUCAUCUCUUUCCUCAGGGUUAACAAUGUGGAACUCACUGAUGUUAAGAUGGAUCCAGUGGAUGAUGAAGAAGAAUCCGUAAGCAAAAAGAGCAGCGUUUUCCUAAGAUGCAUCUCAUCUGAAGAGGACGUGGCAAGAAAGAAUGAAGCCAAGAAGGAACAGAUGGAUGCAGAGAAUAAUAAGGAUUCAGAGGAAAGCAAUUCAACCGAAGAGGAGGAGGAUGCUGCUGCUGCUGCUGCUGCAUCAUCAGAACCUCUGCAACCAAGCCCAUCUAGCCGUCAUCGCAGGAAUUUGACUAAUCUGUCAAUACCAGAUCGGGAUGAAUUGGUGGAGAGAUUAAAGUUUGAGGAUCAGUCUUUUGAUCCAAGUGCCGUUAUCUUGGAAGCAGAAGAAUCAUCCGCUGGUGCCGAACAAUAUCAGAUGGUUACUGAGGAAAACUUGUCGGAAGAAGACAAGGAAAAUAAUGAAGAGGAGAGUGUUCCCAAAGAAUCAAUUCUGAAGCGGAUUAAUUCCCACAAACGAAUGAAUUCGUUCCAAUUGGGAAAGCAACUUUCUUGCAAGUGGACCACUGGUGCCGGGCCUAGAAUAGGCUGUGUGAGGGACUACCCCUCCAAGCUCCAGUUCGAUGCUUUAGAGCAAGUGAACCUGUCUCCAAGAAGCGCUAGAGCUAGCCCUAGCCGGUUCAGAUCCUCCUCCUCCUCCUCCUCUCAAGCAUCUACACCGAACAGUUUUAUUAGUGCAGAAAUCCACGCGACAAAGACAAGUUUUUGUGGAGAAUUGUCGCGAAUCAGGCUGUACACCCCACAAUCCUCUCCUUUACGUAAAGCAACCUCCGGAACAGGAGGAGUUCUUAAACGACUGACACAAGAGAUAGGGUAAAUUCUUUGAUCGAUUCAUUCUUUUGUUGUGCGCAUAGUGUAGGAGGAGAUGAGAUGAUGAUGACGACUUAAUUUCUUUGCUGUUCCCCAUCUUGUCUUGUAUACAUUUUUUCAUUCGUCUCUGUCAGUCAGUCAGUCAGUCAGUCAAAGAUGACCAAAAUUGUACAAUUUUUUUUUUUUUUCUUGCGGUUCCAAUUCCACCGCCCCGCCCCGCCCCCAGCGGUUCAAUUCAAUUGAAAAAGAUUACUCUUUUUUCUCAUGAAAUUAUGUGUUUGAUUUUCAACUUUUCGUGUACUUUGCUUCCAACUGU